AUGGCCAACGAACAUCCACAACCCAACAUUACUCAUGCUGAGGAGGGUUUACUUUUUCAACCAGCACAGCAAAGCAUGUAUGGCUCAAUUGGACGUUCAUUUUCUGCAUCGCCUCCACCUCGGAUUUCAAACAAUAAUAAUUCAGGUUAUGGGGGAGCUUAUGAUAUGGAAGCCACACUUAAGAGUUCAUUAUCCGCGUUGACAGAUGAUGAGCCGGGGGAAUGGGAAAAAGUAAUACGAAGUCCCGGUCUUGAGGACUCGCCAAAGGAAUCCAUUGGGUUCAAGCCUAUACGUGCAGCAACUUUACCGCCGACAUUACCAUCACAGAGUGAUCAUAAUAGUAAUGUUUACUCAACAACCAUUGUUGCUCCUUCAACGCCAUCUCCUUGGACAUCUUCAACACCUUUUUCAUCAAAUCCUUCAUCAAUUCAAACACAUCCAUUGAACAAUACAGAAUAUUUCCCAUCUCAGACUCCCGAUCAAUAUUCCAAUUACAGUAAUGGCUUAUUUCGAAGAUCUGUUACUUUAAAUAGUAGUAUUCAAGGAAAUGGUACCAUACAUGAUGAUAAAGGCCAUAUAAAAUUUGAGCAUGGUCAAGGAGGUCCAUUAGAUUAUUACGACACUAAUCCAUCUACUAGUGCUGUAGCGCCAUCCUCGCCUACAAACUAUUUUCCCCAACCACAACAGGUGCAUUAUCCAUUUAGGUCGUUUGGAAAUGCUUUACAACAACAACCUCAUUCUCAAUCACAGCAAUCACAGUUGCAAUAUCAGCAGUUUCAAUUACAUUUUACUUCUGUAGCAACUGACGUCUUACACCGUGGAAAUGGUGGAGUAAUUACUGAUGAUGAUGUUACUGGGAGUAUGGCUUUAUAUGAUCCAACAAAUAGUGAUGAUAUUAUGCUACAACCACGGGAUACUGGAAAAUUUACCUCAGGCAAUGACGGUAAGGACUUUAGUAAUGAAUUAAAAUUAGAUAUUCGUGGCCUUCAGCCUAUGAUGACUGCUCCUCCAGGACUGGAGUUUCGUAGUCCAGCUUCACCGAGAUCUGAGCACGCAGAACAAUAUUUCAGUUCCACGUUGGUGGCAGGUCUUACAUCGCCACCUUUAACUAGUGUAAAUCCUAAUCAAAACAUUUUUGCGAGCGACAUAACAGGGAAUGUUGCUGGUGGACAAACAAUUACAGAUUUAACUAACUCACUGAACAAUAUGAGUAUAACUAAUGGUAGCAUAGAAAUGCGUAAAGAGACUUCUCCUGAUAUUUCUAACGUUCAGGUAUCGGGACAAUCGACAUCUAAUAAACAACAAACAAAAUCUUGGGCUAGUAUUGCCAAAACCCCCAAAACUUCCAAGCCACCACCAGUAAAUACUUCUCAAGAAAUGUUAAGUGGGACCUAUAGUACUGUUAUCUCACCUUCUUCAGCUGUUUCACCCACAUCAACGUAUGCAUCUAGACCAUUGUCUGCUCCUACUGGGCUGUGGCGCGAUAAAAGUAAAAUUAUUGGAACACCUACAAGUAAUGGCAUUGGAAGCACCUAUACUUCAAGUUCCAUGGUACCACCGCUCUCUAUUCCACCAGUUCCAAGUACGAGUAAGAAAGAUAUGUCACAAUGGAUUGCGGCAAGAGGGUAUAACCCAAAGACUUUUAACUGCAAGCCACUGAACUAUGACAUUUGGGCUAGUACAGAAAUCGGUAAUCGUCGUUUGGAUAAGGCUUUUCGUGAUAAUGCCGAUAAAGGUCCAAUUUAUUUGUUCUUCAGUGUCAAUGCCAGUGGACAUUUCUGCGGUAUGGCAGAAAUGCUUACUCCAGUGGAUUACACAACAAGUAGUAGCGUUUGGGCUCAGGAUAAAUGGAAGGGUGUAUUUAAAGUUAAAUGGAUUUUCGUUAAAGAUAUUCCAAAUGGCCAACUGAGGCAUAUUAGAAUAGUGAACAACGAAAAUAAACCCGUCACAAAUAGUCGUGACACACAGGAGCUAUAUCCUGAACCUGGUCGCGAAAUGUUAAAAAUAUUUUUCGAUUAUCGUAGCAAAACUUCAAUACUCGAUGAUUUCGAAUUUUAUGACAAACGUCAAGUAGAAAUGCGAAAAGAUGCGCUACCAACGAGUCCUGGGGUAACUGCAAAUGCCUUCGCUAAUAUGACACCUGUAUCGGAGCCAAACCCAAAUACGAACAUUGGUUCUUUAAAUAACGUUAAUUUGAAUGGCAAUGUUGACAAUCAAAAUGACGAUUCAGAUAAUUAA